CGUAGAACAUAUUAUAACAUAAAAUUCUCGAUGUUUAGAUUAGUAUGUAAUCUGGAUCCACGCGGGCCAGCCGGAAAGAUGAGGCAAAUAUAUUAUAUACUAUGCAUUAUGCCGCUUGCCGUAAUGGCAAUGUCAAACGGAAGAAAUACCGAGUCUCUUCUUCAAGAUGGCAGCAAUCAGUUUACAGCAAAAAUGUUUUCUGAAGUUACGAAAGCUUCACCCAAGCAGAGCAUCAUUUUAUCUGCAAUAUCUGUCAUGCCACCUCUUGCUGAAUUGGCCUUGGCAUCGGUGGAUGAAUCCCACGAUGAAAUUCUAAAAGCAAUUGGAACACCCAAUGAUGACACUACAAAAGCAGUUUUCUCAUAUGCAAAUAAGGAGUUGAAAUCGACAGAAGGCGUUACACUAACUACAGCUAAUAAAAUUUAUAUUGGAAAUCAUUACGAGUUGAAUAAUGAUUUUGCUGCGCUAUCGAAGGACGUUUUUGGUUCAGAAGUUAAGACUAUAAACUUUGAGGAAAAUAUAAAAGCGGCAACAGAAAUCAACACUUGGGUGGAAGAGCAGACAAAUCAUCGAAUUAAAGACUUGGUCGAUCCUGAAAGCCUCGGUGCAAAUACAAAAGCUGUAUUAGUCAACGCCAUUUACUUCAAGGGGGGAUGGGCAGAUCCAUUUGACAAGGCUUUAACGGAGGAAAAGGAUUUCCACGUGAGCAAAAACAAAGUCAUCAAAGUUCCCAUGAUGUAUAGAUCAGGGAAUUAUGGUUAUCUAGAAAGUGACGAACUAAACUCUCAAAUGAUUGAAAUUCCAUACAAUGGAUAUCAAGCUUCUCUAAUUGUUAUUCUUCCAAGAGAAAUUGAAGGUAUUGAGGAAUUAUUAGAAAAGAUAAAAGAUCCACUUGUCUUGAAACAAUCUAUUGACAAUGACUUGAAACAAUCUUUUGGAACAGAAGUAGAAGUGAGCAUUCCUAAGUUUAAAAUUGAAACAACAACUAAUCUGAAAGACGUUCUCAUAAAAAUGAAUGUUACAAAUUUAUUUGAAGCAGAUAAAGCGAAACUUUAUAAUUUGUUGAAAGACGCUGAUGAUUUAUUUAUAGAUUCGGCUAUACAGAAAGCCUUUAUUGAAGUUAAUGAAGAAGGCGCUGAAGCAGCUGCUGCGAAUGAAUUCAACCUUGUUGGAGCCAGUUAUGUCAUCGAUCCGAAGGUGCCCCCAGUUUUCAAAGCUGAUCGACCGUUUUAUUUUGCUAUUAAAAUGAACUCACUGACUUUAUUCAGCGGCGUGAUGUAUGGAGCUUAGACUAAUGAAACCUUAUCAUGUAUUAUCUUCGAAAUUAUAUAACUGUGUAUAAUAAA